AUGUCGCAGAGCGGCGUGCCGCACCAGUCGCGAACCCCUCCGCCCGCGAAGCAGCGACGGCGCUCGCCCAGCCGCGGCAGGAGUAGAGUUCGACGUGGUGGCGGCGAGGUGGUCGUGCAGCAGGUCAUGCGCGAGUCCAGCAGUGGCUCCGGCGCAAAUCUGCAGUUCCCGAUGCUGACGCGUGGCGGGUACACGCACUGGGCGAUGGUCAUGGAGGUAAACCUCCAGGCCGCAUCACUCUGGGACGCGAUCGAGGACGACACCGUCCCUCGCGUCGACGACAAGAAGACCUUGGCGGCGCUGCUCCGAUCGACGCCGGCCGACAUGCACUGCAUGUUGAUCGGGAAGGGAUCGGCCAAAGCGGCGUGGGAGGCGAUCCGGGUCCAGUACCAGGGACCUGAUCGUGUGCGCAACGGACGACUGCGGCGUCUCCGAACUGAGUUCGAGACCGUGGCAUUCACGGACGGCGAGAAGAUCCAGGAUUUCGCCAUCCGCAUCUCCAACCUCGCCGCUACACUGCGUUCACUGGGCGACGUUGUCAAUGAAGAAAAAAUAGUGAGAAAAUUCCUUUCAGUAGUUCAUUCGCGUUUUGCACAGAUCGCCUUCUUGAUGGAAACCCUCCUCGACCCUGCAUCGUUGACUGUCGAGGAGGUCACGGGCCAUCUGCGCGCGAUCGAGGAGCGCAUGGAUGGUGACCAGAGCAGCGGCUCCGCAGGCGGGCAGCUGCUCCUCACGGAGGAACAGUGGGAGGCACGCAAGCGCCAGCCCCGUGGCGGUGGUUUUGGCGUCAAGAACGACGACCGCGGCAAGAGGAGUGGCCAGCCGCCUCCUACCUCGACUCCGCCUGGCUCGGCUCAAGGCGUGGACAAGGACCAGUGCCGUUACUGCCGCAAGAAAGGUCACUGGGCCAAAGACUGCCGCAAGAAGAAGCGCGACGAGGCUGCCAAGGCAGGUGCAGCACCGCCGGUGGCGGCCGCAAACCUCGCCGAGGCAGAGGAGGACGGCGGUCCUGGCCUCAUGAUGGCGUCUGUCGAGGAAGUGCGCGAGGGCAUGGAUCACGUGGCCACCCCUGCAUCAACACUGGUGACCGCGUCGUGCAACUCUGCGGUGCACAACGGCGGCCAAGUAUUUCUGAACGAAGAGAAGGCCGUCAUAACGCCCUCCCUCGACGGCGAUCAGGGGCGGCAGUCGUGGUUCCUCGACACUGGAGCCACGAAUCACAUGACAGGCUCCCUGGAGUCGUUCGCGGAGCUGGACAGGUCAGUGUCUGGCACGGUGCGCUUUGCUGACGGAUCAAUGGUGAAGAUCUGCGGCCGUGGGACGGUGGUGUUCGCCGCCGAGACGGGUGAUCACAACGCUUUCACUCAGGUGUACUACAUACCUGCACUGAAGAACAGCGUGGUCAGCCUAGGACAGCUGGAUGAGAGCUGGUACGAUGUGCACAUCCGGCGUGGCGUGCUCACCAUCCGCGAUGAUCGCGGGCAGCUCCUCGUCAAGGUAUCACGCUCCACCAAUCGCCUGUACAAACUCGUCUUCACGCCUGUGCAUCCAGUGUGCCUUACUGCGGGGGCGCUCUCUGACGCCUGGCGCUGGCACGCAAGGCUCGGCCACCUGCACUUCGACGGCCUGGAGAAGAUGGCCAAGAAAGAGCUGGUGCGCGUGGGCUCCCGCACAUUGCUCACGCCGAGGAGCUGUGCGGGGCCUGUCUCGCAGGGAAACAGCGUCGCAUUCCAUUCCCGCAGAAGGCCAAGUACAGGGCGACGACACCACUGGAGCUUGUGCACGGUGACCUGUGCGGCCCCGUCUCUCCACCAACACCUGGGGGCGGCGUUACGUGCUCGUGCUGAUCGAUGA